UUCCUGGUUGAUAAACAUGGCGGGCGUGAGGAUUGUCGCGUCAUUUUGCCUGAUGCAACUGAUAUGCGGUUCCUGUCUCCCGGGACGGUUCGGAGAUUCUUGCAGGUUCUCAUGUCACUGUGGAACAUCCUGUGAUGUCACAACGGGCGUUUGUGGAGCAGACUGUGACAUUGGCUGGUCUGGAGGACGGGGAAGCAACUGUCAAAAACAAAAUGUUGCCUACCAGCGACCAGCCUCAUCCCCAAUUGCUCCUUUUGAUCCUGGAUGGACUCCCGACAAAGCUGUGGAUGGUGACCGAAGGCAGAAUGUGGCUACCAACUCAUGCUUCCACCCGGCCAUUCCACCCAGUCCACCCAGUCAGUGGACAGUGGACCUGGGUCGGGUGUACAGACUAUACGAUGUCAGGAUCUAUAACAGGAAGGCAUUCGUAAGGAGGAUUCGCGGUGCCAUCAUCAACCUGCACAACACUAGCUCAGCUACCGGCGUCACCUGCUACACCUUCCCCUCCGACACCCAAGAGGCUGACGGUGUCUAUAACGUCACGUGUGACGGUCACGGGAGGUACCUGACAAUCAGUCACGAUAACCAGACACUCAAUCUGUGUGAAGUGGAGGUGUACGUGUGUAGCCAUGGCACAUAUGGAACAAACUGUAACCAUUUGUGUGGUGGGUGUUCACAUGACACGUGUGACCCUCUCACCGGCGUGUGUCCUGGCGGCUGUGGACCAGAGUGGCAAGGGCUGCAGUGUACAGAAUGUCGUGAAAAAGGACGGUAUGGUAUUCGCUGCGAUCAGUUCUGCAACUCCCGCAACUGCAUUACAACGUCAUCCUCCUGUGACGUCAAUGGGGCUUGUGCAGAUGGGUGCCGGGACGGCUGGAUGAACACGGACUGUCGACAACCAUGUCCAGGCAGUACGUACGGGACAAACUGUAGCAAGUUCUGCAAUUCCCGCCAUUGUCGGACUCCAUCUUCUUCCUGUGAUCACGUGACUGGUGCCUGCGAUGGAGGUGUGUGUGAAGAUGGAUGGCUUGGAACUGACUGUCAAGAAACCUGUAAGGCCGGGACAUACUGGCCUGACUGUUCUCGGUGUGGACAUUGUGACGUCACGUGUGACGUAAUGGACGGCCACUGUCCAGGGAGGUGUCUGGAUGGCUUCACUGGUGCCCGAUGUCACGUGGAUACAAGAACACAGACAAUGUCCACGGUGACGACUGCUGUUCCUGUGAGGACUUCCUCGCAAGUGAUGUGGAGUGUGAUUGGUGGAGCUGUUGGAAUCGUUGUAACGCUGCUUUUGAUUGGUGCUCUCGUGAUGUGUCUCUUGCGAACUGGGAGGUUGUCAUGGAGAUCGGCUGACGUAAACCAGCCUGUGAAGAUGAGUGACGUCAUAGACAGAGACACAUCAACUGAAGAGAGUCCGCAGGCUGGCAGUGAGGCUGGUGUGACCGACAACGUCUAUUCAGGUUUAGAUGACGUCACCAAGGCUGACAAUAAAGCAUAUGAUAACAUUCAGUAUAAGUGACAAUAACGGCCAGGAAACGGAAAUAUAUAACGAUGUUUUCAAAAAGCUGUCAAUGGAUUAAUUAAUAGUAAAGCAUACGUUGAUCAUGUUAUUGGUUUAUGUUAGAAAUGUGGACAUUUCCAAAUUUGACACAUCAGUGACAAAAUUGAAGUCCGAUGCAGUUCCCUAAUUUGACUUGUACCAUAUGUUCCCGUGUUUUUUAGGUGAAUAAUUGACUUGACUUGCAUGUGUUUGUGACGGGUGCUACCCAUUGGGCAGAAUACGUUCACAUUUUUGCGAACCCCUGGUAUCAUAAAUUCAUAAACUCAUGCUCAUGAAAUAGUCGAUAUUGAACGGUUGACUCGGUUUGGCAGAUAUUUCUGGAGAAUUUGAAGGUCUCUGUGUCACUGUUAUUUACACUGCAUAAAAAGGAAACAUCGGACAUCAUUUUGUCACUGAUGCGUCAAAUAUGGAAAUGUCCACCACAUGUCUACCAUUAAUCUUUUUGAAAACUUUACUGAGGCCUUGACUUUUGUAACCUUGAUCAAACAACUUCUGAGCAAGAGUCGUAUGGCGCGCUCGGAAACCUUGGUAGAAAGAGCAUGCCCGAUCUCAAAAGUAGCGAAAUGUAUACACCAAAGGCUGGAGCUGCUGGAAUAUUGC